CGAAGAAAGUAGACAAAUUACCGUUGGAUCCUCAACGAGAAUUUUUGGACAUGGAUACAGACGACGAAGAUUUUGGUCGACAAGAAAGUCCCGAAACCGAAGAGGAGCAAUCUUCUGAACCAAUCAAACCAGUCUUUGAUAAACAAGAUUUAGAUAAAUUGGUACAAUAUGUAAAAGAUUUCACGAUUCUUCCUUACAUCAAAGAUUCUGAUUGGAAAGAGGAUUCUUAUACAAUAAUUCGCGAAUAUUUCGAAAAUCCAGCUCACACGUUAUUAUGUAUAUAUUUUCAAGAUGAUACAGUGAAGGCACGAUUAAGAAUCUUGGAUGAUAAUCAAAGCGAUUUCAUUUAUUUCUUACGAAUACCUUGGCAUGUGUUUACAGUCGAUAAUUUUCAUGCCACAGUUGUCUUCGGCAGCAUCAAUCGUAACGCAAUAAUGUGCGUGUUGAAAAUAAUGGAAAAUAUGUAUGUCUCCGUCGCACGUAAUAGUAGCGAGUGGCCAGAGAUUAUCAGAAACAAUCUAUUUUUCAAUCUACACAAUUUUCUAAUGUGCUUAACUGAAUGGGUUUACAAGCCGAUGGGAUUAACCAAAUUAUAUAUACCGGGAGAAAAUCUGUCUGAUAUCGCGACACUACAGAGAGAUAAAAAGUCAAAUUCAUCCAAUAAUGAGACAAAUGGUCUGCAUAUUUCUAAGGAAUUGCAGGAGUCGGAAAAGGCAUUGAUUGAUAGAUUUGAAAGAAUUGUACGAUAUUGGAUCAAACAGAUACGGCAAGUAUUGACAAGUACAUCCACAAGCAACAGUGGACGAACUGUAUUUGACGAAUUGCAAUAUUGGACAACGAAAUAUUUUAAUUUACGUUGUUUGCACGAUCAAUUAUCAAAUAUGAAAAUUCAAUCGAUAUUGCAUCUGUUAGAGAACGUUUGUUCGCCGAGCAUAGAUUCCUUUCAACUUCUAACGUUACAGCUUUGCGAAAGCUUAGAACAAGCUGCAUCCAAUAUAAUGUAUCUGAAUAUUCUAUCAGAGGCUUGUAAGAACCUGAAAUGUCCAAACGAGAUUGAAAAGCCCAUAAUGAAAAUAUUGUUACUGAUACUGUUUAUUUGGACAGAAUCCCCGUUUUAUAAUAUGUCGAAUAACAUAGAAGUGCUUUGUGAAGCUAUAAGCAUACAAAUAGUACAUCAAUGUAAAAAUUAUGUCAAUUUGCAAGUAAUAUUAGAAGGCGAUACAGAAAAUGGAAUAAAUAUACUUCGGAAGUGUAUCUCUUGUUGUCAAAUAUAUAAGACGAUAUAUAAUAAAAUUAUAUAUAAAACAUUUUUUCCCCGGUUAUGCAUAUUCAGAACAGUAAAUAUUGUACAUCACUGCAUGGCUUCGUGCGCAUUCAUUAUCAUAUACACGCGCGCAAUUAUAAUAGACAUGUGUUAUAUACACAAUUUUUGUAGGUGUACUAAUGUGGGAAUGAUUGGCGGUCCAAAUGGUAUCAAAUAUGACGCUUGUUUUCGCCAAAUAGAGAAUUUAUUUUCUGAGAUUCUCGAUGAAAUAAAAUUGAUCCAUCACGAAAUUUUAGAUGUUACAAAAUUUUCGUGGCUAGAGAACAUGCUGAACUUUAGGAACUUUGUAAUGGAAUUAGAGAGCAUGAUCAAAAAUUUGAUCGACUGUAUAUUUGAUGAGAUUAAAAAUGUUGAAGAAGGUAUUGAGGCAAUUUAUGCUUUACGACGCUUUAAACAUAGAGAAUCGUUGCGAGAUUUAUUAUCGAGGAAAUGGGUGCAGGUUUGGGAAAUGUUUGAUAAAGAAAUUGAAAAUUGUAAUUAUAAUAUGAUUUUAUGUGAAUCAUAUUAUACUCCGUUUCAAUGCCACUCAAAAGAUGUAAUUAUGCUGUGCAUUAAACAAUAUUUAGAACGAUUAUUUCAUAUCAUGAUUGAUAUGUCCGAUUGGAUAGGAGAUUGCGCAGCUGAGACAUAUAUAUUGGAGCGAUACAAGCGAAUGAUGAGCCGAAAAUCAAUAGAGUGUCAUCGAUAAUAAAACAUA